GGUAGAGAAAUCUGGGUAGUGACCGUCAGUGCCGAAAAACCAGAUGAACACGUUUUGUUAAGACCUGAAAUUAAGUAUGUCGGAGGUAUCCAUGGCAAUGAGCCUGUCGGUGGACAAGUAUUGAUUCGAUUCCUGGCAUAUCUUGGACAAAAUUAUGGCAAGGAUGAUACAAUAACAGCGUUGAUGAACUCAUCACGGCUGCAUGUGCUGCCGAUGUUAAACCCAGACGGCUUCAUGAAGGCCUACAAUAAGAACCCUGCGGGUGGGAGCUCUGACAGAAUUUGUGCAGGAAACAAAGGAAGAAACACUGUCACACCGAUUUCGGUGGACAUGAAUCGGAAUUUUGGUCCGGAAUAUUUCAAGAAGAGCUACAAUCCUGAGCCAUCACCUGAGACACUUGCAGUAAAAAGAUGGCUUGAAGACUUCCCCUUUGUUUUGUCGUUAUCCCUUCAUGGAGGAGCUAUGGUCGCUUCCUAUCCAUAUGAUAAUAAGCGUUUAACUAAAGAAGAACGUCAAAACAAAGAUGUCUUCGGCAGCUACAGCGAAGCGCCUGAUGACGAUAUCUUCCGGCAGAUGGCUCUGACAUACUCAUACAGUCAUGGGCGCAUGUAUGCAUGGGUACUGCAUCUAAACUGUGACUGGAACUUCACAGAUGGAAUCUCAAAUGGGGCAGAUUGGUUUUACGUGAAAGGCGGUAUGCAGGACUACAAUUAUGUCAAGUUCGGCGUCUUUGAAAUCACCAUAGAGAUGGAAUGCUGUAAAUACCCGGAUUACAGCAAAAUGGACGAUUUCUGGCACGAAAAUCUCCCUUCUUUCAUGAACUCUUGGAAAAACAUACACAGAGGAAUCAAGGGUAUUAUAUCAGACUCUCGGGGUAAUCCAGUUCCAAAUGCUCGUGUUUAUAUAGACAGCAGAAAACAUCCAUUUAGAAGUACAACUCAGGGAGAAUAUUGGAGGAUUCUGCUUCCAGGAACAUAUAAUAUCAGGGUGAAGGCAUCUGGCUACAAACCCUUUAAGCAAAAUGUAGUUGUCAACGAGCUCGAGCUCUCGGGGGCGGCAAUAGUCAACAUCACGCUUGUAGACAGCUGAGCCUCUUCAAACCAAUGAUUGAUUAUGAUACGUUAUGUACUUCAUUUGCGGUUUGCAAGAAUAAAUAUUUU